GUAAUAUCAACUAGUUUCAUUAAAUAAUCAAAAAUCCAAACGACCUUGUCGUCGCAUACCAACAAAAAUCCGUUGACCAUUAUUGACCACACAUUUUUGACGCUAUCUCGAUUACAAACUGGAAAUUUAGACCUUAAUGACUUUUAAUAAGGUGCAUUUUAUUAUUUUAGUGAUAAUGUUAAUGUUUUUGUUGUAUAGAGGUAUUCUCGUAUUGUUAUGAGGGGAACAGUUGGUUCGCGCGCUCCAGUGUAAGCGAAACGUGCGCGAGAGACGAUCAUGAUAUGCGUGCAAAUGGUUUUCCAAGCGGCUUUGUUCAAUGACUGUGUAAUUACGUAAAUAAGUUCUGUGAAAAUGAUAAUUCUAUGAACGUGAUAUUAGAUAAAUAGACAAUAGUUUUAGAAAUUACUGUCAGCUAAACGUAUAAAAUUGUUAAGAAUGUACUCGACGUCAGAAAACAGUAUGUUUAAUAAUGUUAUGGAGGUAACAGUGUUUCUAUCACGUAUUCAAUUUUACAGGAGAAUGCUAUACUGCCGGCUGACAUAGAAGCGUUUGACGCCUCAAUGAAGGAGUUACAAGAUAUGCAGAACAGGCGACAUCAAGACAACUUCACGCCGUCACAGAAGAACAUACUGCCUUUAAAUCGAUACGACGAAGCGGAGAAAGUGAUCGCAAGGGCCUUGUACACGUUCAAUGGACAGACUCAGAGGGAGCUCAGCUUUAGGAAAGGAGAGAUGAUUCUUGUGAGAAGGCAGAUAGACAACAACUGGUAUGAGGGCGAACUGAACGGCAGGAUAGGACUGUUCCCGUACAAUUAUGUAGAGAUUCAAAAAGGCGAUGUAAUCCACACACCGAAAAAGCCGGCGAUAGUGGAAGGUCGUGCGAGAGCGAAGUUCGACUUCACAGCGCAAACCAACCUGGAGCUGCCUCUGAAGAAGGGUGAGGUCGUAGUACUCACGCGGCGCAUCGACCAGAACUGGUGGGAAGGCAGGAAUGGAACCAAAACUGGCAUCUUCCCGGAUAGCUACGUCACAGUGCUGCAGGAACCCAGUCCGGGGCAACCUGAACCUCAACAGCUGCAGAAUUCUGACAAGCCAGUUGCCUCGCCGGCUGCUCAUGGUCUACUAAAUGGUUCUGCUAAGAGGAGUAUGGGCCCUCACAGCUACACGCCGCAGCCAAACAGUCCUGCGCUCUCUAAUGCACCACCUGCAACGCAACCUUUGCCAGGUUACGUGGCGAAACCUGCGCAGGCGCGUAUGUCUGCGUCGGAGCGCGGCUACGGGCCGCCCACCGGCGCGGGCGUCGACCUCAACAACACCGAGCCCUUGUACGUCGACACCAACGCGGAGGCAAUACCUUACCGCGCAAUGUACAAGUACCGGCCACAGAACCCUGAUGAGUUGGAGAUGAACGAGGGUGACACAGUAUACGUGCUGGAGAAGUGCGAUGACGGCUGGUACGUCGGCUCCAGCCAGCGGACUGGACGCUUCGGUACCUUCCCCGGUAACUACGUGGAGCGCAUCUGAUAGCGCGAGCCGUGGCUGGUGCGCCGCCUGCGCCGCGCCUCGCUGUGCGCGCGCCGCGCCCGCCGCCCGCGCUGACGCACACUCUCACUAUCCUACCAUCAGUAGCUCUGCCCUAAAGGGACUGCGACAGUCUUAUGAUACAUGUAUUAGCACUCCAUUCGUUCACUACUCCAUGCCAACAUGUAUACACGACUAACGAUCACCAAAAUACCUGUAACUUUAGAUGGUUUAUGUGCAAUAGUUAUCCUCAAACUUCCGAUUUAGUAGGUCGUACUGCCCUCGAUUUCUACGUAUUUAUUACCUUAUAUGUAAUAGUGACGAUGAUGGGCACUUCUAUAGAGGUGCGCUUCGUAUCGAUAGUGUAAGCUCCGCUCUAAGUAAUAACCGAUUAUCUUAGAGCCUAUUGUCAAAUGAUACCAAAAUUAUGCCAUGACUUUUUAUAAUAUUUUGUACAAAGAAUAAACUAAGCUGGACUCUGGCGGACUGGGAGAGUUAGCUUGUGGAACUCGCUGACCAAAGUGUACCAUUGUAACGGCAUUAGUAGCUAACCUACUAACUCCAGUAGUAUCAAUGUAUUCUGUACCUUCUCUCGCUUGUCAUCUGUUAGAACACUGUAACCGCAUCACGUCAAUGUAAUCUAUCCAAAGUUGUUUUAUGCGUCCCAAAGAGUAUGUUUAUCUGAUAAUUACGAUGUUGUAUAAUUGUAAAAAAAUAAUAAAAAUACUUAUAUACUUGUAAAAUUGUUUAGCGUAGUAUUUAUUUAUAACGUAGGAGUGAGUUGUUCGAGCUCGUCUUUUAAAAGUGAUAUUUUAAAAGAACGAAGCAAGAUGAUUACUAAUUCUAAAAUACUAACCGAUUUAUAUACAUCAAUACUUACUAAAUUACAUAUACAAAAGUCAAACUUUGAUUAAAUGUUGUAUAAGAAAGUUUUGGCGAUAACAAAGUUUAGACAUUUUGUGUGCAUUGGCGUUAAUAAUAGAGUCGAAAUUUGCGUAAACUAAAUUGUAUCUAUGAAUAUUAGUUACCGCAUGAAUGUACUUCAUAAUAAUACUCAAGACUAUACAAGCUGUAUGAUGUAGGGCGAGUAGUUUGGCAACGGUUGACAAUACGAUAUUGUAUGCUUACAUUAAAAUUUAAAAAUCGAUGUUAAGAAUACGCGUGCUAUUUAAUAACCUGGGUGUCGAAAUUAUAGGCAUCUGUAUGAUUUUUAUAACUUUCUAUCAAAAGUAUUAGCUACGGUUUAAAAUUGUCUAGUCAUGAAUCAGAUUUUGUAUCUACAUAUAUUUAUACAUAAAAUGUUUGUACUAUUAUUUCUUUCCAUUGUAAUUUCUACCUGUAUUCGGUAUACAAUCGUAUCUACAUUUACGAGUAGUGGUAGUGUCACUGGAAAGUGUUCUAUGUACCUUAAUGUCCUGUUUUUCCAUGGUGUUACCAAAGUUUUAGACCCACCCUUUACCUUUCACCCCCUCGCCCUAUGUAAGUGCUUCGUUUGUGUAGUGAAACAGAUUUUUCACUAUUUUUACCUAUUGUAUUGUUGUAUUUACUUUUGUUAAUUUAUUUUUAAAGCACAAAUGUUUUAUUUUGUUGUUGACACCUCGACAUACAAUAUAACAUUAACUGCUAUUGUUCGAUAUCAUCACACCUAAUAAAAUAAUCUUUGUAUUUA